AUGGGUGAGGAGAAGAGGCAUCAGUUGAGUCGGGGCGUAGAGAAGAGAGAUGAAGGUGGUGAGGAAAACAGAGAUAGGAGAAGACGAGAUAGACAUGGAGAUGAGGGAAGACAUAAAGAGGAGAGAAAGUCAGAAAUACGGACGGGAUCGGUCAAUUCGGAACCACGAAGAGAAACUAGGCAGACAUCUCAAUCUGUUGAGAGUGGACGUGAUAGGCUACAUUCUAGCGUUGAAAAUGGUAGUAGCAGGUCAUCUGCCCCCGCUCCCAAACGCGAUAGCAGAGAUUCCAUCAGAAGGGUUGAAAGACCAUCUACCACCACUGUCGACAAUUCAUCACUACCGGUCAAAAGAAGAGAUCACAGUAGCAACCGAAGCACGAGCGGAAGUGAGAGAAAAUCUAACACUCAUCCACCCCAUCCCAGUCGCGAUAGAGAUCCCACUGAAAAACGGGGGAGAGAUUCCCACACCUACGUAUCAAAAGAAACACCUACCCAGAGUAAAAGCGAGAACGUAACGGUGCCUCUUCCCAGCCGCAGCAAUCGAUCUCAAGAUCCAAGACCAGGCAGAAGAGACCCUUCCAUCAGUCGCGAAACAGAAAAACUUGUACUUGGUGAUUCGAGGGGAUCAAAAGCUGCGGCUACAGACGGUCGUGAAAAGCGAAGCAGUGAUGCGCCGGCUUCUAAGGUACCCAUAAGUUUUCCGCGUAACAAGGUGAGAGUUGGUAUACUUCCGAAAUAUCAUCUACCUCGGAAAGAAGAAAACUCUCGACGAUUAAUCGUUUUUGGGGAUGUACAUGGAAUGCCUGAUGCUAAGAAAUGUCUCUUGGAACAUAUUAAAUAUGAACCAGCGUUGGACCAUCAGAUUUUCGCCGGUGAUAUGAUAACCAAAGGGAGAAAAAGCAAACCAAGCAAGAAUGCUACGACUAAAGGGUUGAUAACUAUCGAGGCUUCCAAAGAUAUUGUGCGUCAGGCUCGAAGAGAUGGAGCUUCAGGAGUCCGUGGGAAUCAUGAAGACUGCGUACUGAAUGUUAAACACGAAAGAAAUGGUUGGCAAGAAUCCAUCGACCGCGAAAUGGACAAUCAAUUUAACAUUCAAACGAGGAAAAAGUUGAGGACGCCAGAUCACAGGGAUACCAGCGACUAUGACCUGUAUGAUGCACUUACCCGAGAAGAGAGACAGUGGCUUGAAGAUCUACCUGACAUUCUAGUUCUGGGAAAAUGUGGUGGGCGUAAUAACAUGGUUGUUGUACACGCUGGAUUGAAUCCAUUUUUUGACCUGGAGCAUCAACGAGUUAUAGAGACAAUGAACAUCAAAUCUAUAGAUCCAGUCAAAGGAUAUACUAGUUCGAUGCAUGUGGGAGAUAAAGAGAGAAAAGCAUUGGAUAAGAAAGACCAGGGAAGUUUUAGCAAGAUGAUACCCUGGUUUGAGGCUUGGGAGGACGAACAAGAGAAAUUGCCACUAAAUAAACAGACGACAGUGAUGUAUGGCCAUGAGUCUAAGAAAGGCUUGACCAAAAAGUCAUUCUCCAUUGGUCUUGAUACUGGUGCACAACGUAUAGACAAACUCAACCCUGAUAAGUAUCGAACUUUGACUGCCCUCGUUAUUUACCAUGAUAGAUGCAAAAUUGUCCAAGUCAAGGAAAUCAAUAAAGACACUGGGGAAUGGGAAUGGGAGCCAGUUGAGCUGACAAAGGAAGAAUCUGAUUUUUGA